UGGGGCAUUCUGAGAGUUUAUAAUCCAGCGUUGGGCUUUUCCAAGCUAUGGUAUUAUUAUAUGCAACCAGGUAGAUGUGUGUGUGGCAGCCAAGUUGCCGGGGAUUCUGGAAUGUAAUCCAAAAAAGAAACGUUUCUAAACUCUGGUUUUAGUAGUGUAGUUGCCAGGCUGGCUGGGAGAUUUUGGGAUUUGUAGUCCCUAAAGGGGCCAUUUUGAACUGCUAGUUUUAAUUUAUGUAAGCUAAACUAUGGCCAUGUUGUCAGGGGGACUAUGGGACUUGUAGUGCAAAGAAGGAACUUGUCUAGGCCAUGGUUUUAUUGUACUGGCCAGGAUAUCAUGGAAGUUCUCGUCCCCAAGGGGGACUUUUUUGAACUGUUAGUUUUAGUUCAGGUAGCCGUGGUCAUGCUGUCCUGGGGACUAUGGGACUUGUAGUCCAGAGAAGGAAGCAUUUCUAAACUCUGGUUGUAUUGUAUGUUGAUGAAUAGGUGGGCUGGUCAGGGGGAUUCUGGGAGUUGGAGUUGGAAAGAGAGACUUCUGCAGCCUCUGGUUGAGUUGUGUGCAGCCAAAUGGAAAUGAUGAGAGCGGUAGUCCCCCACAAAGGGCCUUUUCUGAGCUCUGGUUUUCAUGCUGUUGGGGGAUUCUAGGAAUUGUAGUCCAAAAGGUUUAUUUUUCUCACCACAUCUUGGAAAACAAAAAGGCCAUUUGAUUUCCCUGGGCCACUCCACCCCAAACAUGGAAUUUGGGAUCCAAAGGGCUGGGUGUUGCCCGCCUCCGUUGUUCUUCGGCCAACAUCAGGGCAGCUGCCAAACCCUAGUUUUUGGAGGGUGGCUAUCAUGUGGUUUUUAGUAAGAACCAGGAUUUAUUUAUGUUUUUAACCGAAGAAAGAUAAAGGCAAACUUUGUUUUCAAAACACAUGCUUUUUGGAGGGUUUAGGAAGCCAGGUGUCAGAUGCAGAGCAUGGGAAAGGGGGGACUAGAACUCCCUUUUUUGAAACAUCCCAAAUCCCAACCAGCGCAGGCCAGAAUUUCUCCUCUCAUACUCUGUUGGUGUAUGGAUUCUGGGAUUUGCAGUCCUCCUGCAAUCUCUGGUUUGCUUGUGCAUGAGAUGGAAGGGGGAGAGUGAUGCCUAAUGGUUGGGGAGAGGGAGCUGUGGGUACCAGGACUCCCUCCUUGAGUUGGCAAGGAUGGCAUGAGGUCGUCCAUAAUAAGCCUAGUCCUUUCAAGGCAGAGUAAUUACAAAGCAGGGCAGGAGAAGCCUUUGAAGCCAAAGAGGGCCUAGGAUUGGGGGCCUGUGUUUUGCAGACUUUGUGGUUGUUGUUGGAGCUGUGCUACGUUUUGUUCCCUUCUCUGCCCUGGCUUCCAAGGGGACUAGUUUUGGCAAAGGGUGGCCUUCUCUUGAUUUGAGGUGGAGGGAUCCAGUUUCAUAGAGAUCACGUGAGAUCCUCUGCUGGGAAGAAGAGGAGAAGGAAGGAGGGAGGACUAUUUCUGAAACACCAAAUCCUGAGAGUAAGCACUUUGGGGAAGAUCAGCUGGUCUUUCCUGCAAGGAUCUGGAUUUAUUGGUGUGCGUGUGUUGCAUUUUGUCUGUGAGCAGUCAUCUCCAUGCAUGUUUGCGAUGCAGUCUGUGUGUCCAUAUUUGUUAAGGCCUAGAAGUGUUGGUGACAUCUCAGAUCAGGUUUCACCAUUGGUCUGCAUCUCACAGCUUUGUGUUCUCAGGCUCCAUGUGCAUUUGUGACUUGAGCACAAAUGUGCAUCUGUCCAAAUAUGUGUCUGUUUUGAAGCCUGGGUGGAUUGGAGAGCUUGCGGUGUGUCCAGAAUUGGGUAAGAUUCGGGUUCUGUGUAACGGCAGUGUGCCGUGGACGUCUGGACUGCUGUAUAAACUCAUUUGCUUUGUUGGAUGCGUGGGUGAAAGAGAGAGAGAGAGAAGAAACGACAGAGGAAGUGAAAGAAAAAGAGAAAGCAAUAAUCCACAGAUGGAGAGACAUUGAUCGAUUGGGGAAACCCCAGGGACUGGGACAGAGAAGGAGGCCGGCUCCCCGCUGCUGAAGAUGGCAGCUCCAGGUUACCCAGCUGCUUCUCCACCGUACCCAGCACCUCAACCCCAUGUAGUGCCUUCCGCACCCAGCCCCGGGUUCAACGUCUAUCCCCCCACCAGUCCCCCUGGAACAGGGCAGAUAAUACCGCCCCAGCCUCCUCCCCGGGGCUAUCGGGAACAUGCCCCCGCGCCUCCUCACCACCCGCACCCAGUGCCAGACCCACACACCGCCAUCACCCCCUACCUGCCAGUGGCCACAAACAUCCCUCCUGGUUUGGAGUACCUUGCACAGAUCGACCAAAUGUUGAUACACCAGAAAAUGGAGCUAAUAGAAGGUUUCAUUGGCUUCGAGGGCAACAACAAGUACGAGGUGCGCAACAGCCUGGGCCAGCAUGUCUUCCACGCCGAGGAGCAGAACGACUGCUGCACCCGCAACUGCUGCGGCUCCCUGCGCCGCUUCUCUAUGCGGCUGGAUGACCCAAUGGGACGCGAAGUCUUGCGCAUGGUCCGGCCCUUGAAAUGCGUCAGUUGCUGGUUCCCAUGUUGCUUGCAGGAGCUGGAAGUUCAGUGCCCACCUGGCAUCACCAUUGGAUAUGUGGUACAAACCUGGCACCCUUUCACACCCAAAUUCUCCAUCCAGAACGUCGAGAAGGAGACCGUCCUGCGGGUUGUGGGUCCCUGCUUCAUCUUCAGUUGUGGGGGAGACGUCAAUUUUGAGGUGAAAACCCGUGACGAAUCUCGAGGCGUCGGACGCAUCAGCAAGCAGUGGAGCGGCCUCCUCCGGGAGAUCUUCACCGACACAGACAACUUUGGCAUCCAGUUCCCCAUGGACCUCGACGUCAAGAUGAAGGCGGUUCUUCUGGGCGCAUGCUUCCUCAUUGAUUUCAUGUUUUUUGAAAAGACGGGAGAAGUCGGACAGAGGAGUUCAGUGAUCACAAGCUAGAGCCGUCCCAGACCCUUGUUUCCUCCCAUCUCUGAGGGACCCUUUCCCAGUUCUGGCGAGGGGAUUGUGCGAACAGUGAUGGAUGUGUGUGAAUGUGUGUGUGAGAGAGAGACACUAGAUAAGUGUGGAAGAUAAUGUCCAACAGUUUGUUUAUAAAUUUGCAAUUCUCCUUUCCUUUUUGUAAAGCCAGGGCUGGCAGUGUUUGGGCCCAAUGUAUCAGGUGCUGUUUCUGGAGUUACCGGCCCAGUAGUAUCUCCAUAGCUGUGUGAAGAAACAAGGUGUGAGGAUUUGGAAGGCAAGAUGUGUUUUCUGUCCUGGGUACCAAAGGAUUCCUUGCUGCCACUACUUGACCCCCUAGUUAUACAUGGGAUGCUUUCUUGGCGCAGAUACUAUCCUUCAGACCUGAGAGUAUCUCCACACUUGCAGCUUCUGACAGUAAUACUAAUCGUUUUUCAUCCCCUUCCAUUUUAAUCUUUCCUGGUGACUACAACUGAUCCACAACUUCUGUGGCUUCAGGUGGCCAGGGGAGGCAAACUGGGGAAAAUUUUCCAUGCAGAAAGUUGGUAGAAGCUGCUCUCUUGGCACAAAGUCACUCCUCAGCAAGUUCCGAGUUGAGAAUUUUGUCUAUGGGGAGAAGUGCUCAGGAGCAUCUGUGAGGAUUGUGGAUUUCAUCCAAGCCCUGCCUUCCGUGAAUGGAAGGGACUGGAUCUGCUUGAUUUUUUAGGGAUGCCCCCUCCAUGCCAGAAGUCGCCCUCUUCAGCAGAGUUCUCCCUGACUCUGUAGCAUUUUCACAAGCUGGAGUUGCCUCAGAUGGUGAGGCAGUCUGCCUCCACUUGCACAAGCCAGAAUGGGGGAAGAUGUCUUUGUUGAAAUGCAGUUCCCAGAACCCUCCACUCUCAGGUACUGGAGGAGUUGGGGGGGGGGGGUUAAGCAGAAGAUUCUGGGGAUUUUAGUCAUGCAAACAAAGAAUGUUUACAAGGUCUGGAUCCCAAAAUGGUGUGUGAAAUCUGUGUCCAGCCGUAGUCGGUGCACCUGGGGCAGGGGCAGAUGUGGGUCGAUAGAGAGUGGUUUUGGACCAAUUUUUGAGCAUCCUGUAGGGCAGAGAAGGGUGGAACUGCAGCUUGUGGGCCACAUAGGGCACUGCAUUGCCAUCUUUGUGGCAUUAAGGGAUUUAUACUUAUAUAUAGGAUAUGGGGGGCUAUAUCCACCACACUCCUCUCCCCUGGCUAUUUAGGACCAGGAGAAGCCUUUUUCAAAAAAACAAAAACAAAACAAAACAGAAAAUGAACAGGUCAUGAUUUCUGGCCACUUACAGUUGCCAAGAAAGGCUUCUCCUGGCCCAUGGUGCCCGAAAACAUGGCAAAAAUGCCCCUAUACAUCCUUGAGGGCAUCUUGAGACCAAAAAUGUUUCUUACUUUCUUUUAAAUCAGGGGUGGGCCUGUAGGGUCUCCUGGGGGGCUAAUGUGUCCCCCCAGCCCAUCUUCCACAAUUGCUGUAAAGGCCAUAUGCAAUCAUGCGCCUUAUAAGGGUUGGAAGCUGUCAAGGGCUGGUGUGUAGGAUUGCCUUCCCAGCGGACCUGGGAGGGCCUGCGCUUGCCUCCUGAGCUUCUACCCCAAAAUAAUUUUACCAAAAAAUAAAUAUGGGACUCACCCCCGAUGAUCUCAGUGCCCCCCGGGAGACAUGAGCGGCAGUUUAGCUUUGUUUUAGGGAAGGGACCUUGCCUUCCCGAGGCUGUUUUGGGUUCAGAAGAGGACAUUUUGAAAAGAGGAACAGGAUGUUUUGAAAAGAGCCAGCUCCCUGUAUUUUGGGUUGUUUUUUAAAAAGGUUUCCCCUGAGCUUCAAAUGGCACAGAGGGGGCACCAAAAUGGUAGAAUUGGCGCCGUUGUGAUCAUUGGCGGCAGUUUGGGGGCUAUUUGUGAAAGAAAAUUUGGGGGUGUUGAGAGGCCCAGGAAGGCCUCCAAAAUGGCAUUGAAGCUGCAUGAGACCCACAGACCACACUUUCCCCACCCACCCUCUAAAAGCACAUGGAUGCUAAAUGGUCAGAAGAGCAGUUGGUGCGAAGAGGGAUGUGUGUUUGUGUGUGGAUGCAACCAUGGCUGUGUGCCAGUCUUUUCUGUGCAAUGUGUAUGUGUGUCUCUGGUGAGACAAUGACUGUCUAUCAGCAUGGGAACUUUGUUGUAAUUCUGGAAACUAUGCAAACAAGCAAAGAGAGAAGCUGUUGAAUGCUCCCCAGCCAUCGGGUAUCACAGAAUGGGAGGCAUGGCCGUUCCUUGUUUGGAAUACUUUCAGCCAAAGCAAACUGGAUUGAAUGAGAAUUCAGAGGCAUUGCUAUGAUGGUCUGGGAUGCCAAUAUGCAAAGGGAUUUUGUAGCGCCUUUGUGACUAUGCAGAAGGUGUAGCAGAAGAUUUCGUAGACUUGUUCUGAGACUAACAUGGCUAUAGUCCAAAACACACUGCAGAAAUAACCCAGCUUGAGACCGCUUUAACUGCCCUGGCUCAGUGCUAGGGAAUCCUGGGAAUUGUUUAUUGUGC